AUGCCAAAGAAAAUCUGGCUUACGAGGUAUCAAAAUGAAGCAUCCAACAACCAAAUACUCAGAAGGAAACAUCCAGAAAAUACGACUCACACAGGUGAGAAGCGGUUCAAAUGCGAAAUAUCCAAGAAGAAUUUCGUUGCUCCAUCGAGCACACAUACAAUGAAUCAUGCGAAUGAGAAACCGCACUCUUGUUCGGAAUGCAACAUGAGUUUCAUCUGGCCAUCGUAUCUCGACAGACAUAUGAAGAUUCAUACCGGUGAGAAGCCGUAUUCUUGUUCGGAAUGUGGGAAGAAUUUCGCCCAGUCAGCGGGUCUGUAUAGCCAUAAGCAAAUUCAUACCGGUAAGAAGCCAUAUUCUAGUUCGGAAUGUGGGAAGAAUUUCACCCACUCAUCGAAUCUGCGUACACAUGAGAAAAUUCAUACUGGGGAGAAGCACUCUUGUCUGAAAUGUAACAAAAGCUUCUCCCAAUCGGGAAAUAUGAGAAGACACAUGAAGGUUCAUGGCAAUGCUGGCCCAGAUUCAGUUGAACUGUAUGAGGUAAAGCUUUCCUGCGGAAAUUCUCUUUGA